AUGGCUGCUCCGCGUCGUCCCCCUCCAGCUUAUACAGCUCCUGCUGAUUCUGGAGUCCAUGCUACCUCAAAGCUGUACCGAAACAUCUCGGAAACAGCUUCCGAGUCCUCCAAACGAACUCUAGAGUCAUCCUUCACUAUUCGUCCAUGCUCGGGCCAAGCUUGGGUAGUACCAGCCGGACACAUCUGCCGUCUCACAACGCCGAAGGGUCCUCAAGUGGGUGAUCUUAACAUCUGGAAUGCGAAUAACCCUCGCGAAAGACUCUGGGCAGCGCGCACUCGUCAGAUCCACGCCUCCCAUGUCUCGGUUGGUGACCGCCUGUGGUCGAACCUGCCAUACUUGCGCCCUCUAAUUACCAUUACAGGUGAUUCGCUAGCAGGUGGGCAACUUCACGAAGUCUUGGAUGAGGAUGGCAAGCGAAAAGAAGGAAAGGGCUUCGGCACAACGCAGUUCGGAGGGCGCGUGCACGACCUUCUUGGUACCCGUUGUGAUCCUUAUGUGAAUCUGGUCAUGGGUGGGGAAAGCUUCGACUUCCACUGCCACUCUAACCUGACCCGUGCUGUUGCUCCGUAUGGUCUGACAGAGCUUGACGUGCAUGACGUGCUCAAUGUCUUCCAGGUGACGGGACUCGAUGAGGAAGGAAAGUACUUUAUGGAGACUUCUCCUGCAAAGCCGGGAGAGUACUUUGAGUUCUUCGCUGAAGUUGAUGUACUCUGCGCACUGUCGGCAUGUCCUGGAGGUGAUCUGUCAAACUGGGGCUGGGAGGAGAAGGCAGAUAUGGGGGCUACCACACGUCCACUGGGCGUUGAACUGUAUAAGUUGACGGAUUCCAAGGUGCUUGAGGGCUGGAAGGAGCCUGUAAGCCCCAAGUAUGCUGGUAUGCACGGUAUGAAGAUGCCACAGAGGGAGGAUGACGGAUCUGGUUAUGUUGGGCUAUAG